UCCCUCCUAUAAAACACAUUCUCCUCUCUCACCAUUCAAUUCAAUCCUCCAUCCUCCCAAACCAAAGAGGAAAAAACAGAGAGCAGGCAGACAUAUAUAUAAUAUAAAAAUGGCAAAAUCGUGUGCAAUCAUUCUUGUUUCUGCCCUUUGCUUUCUGUCCUUCCUCGACAUCGCCCUCUCCUCCAAGGAUCGCUUCUUCAUUGAGGGAAAGGUGUAUUGCGACACUUGCCGAAUCCAGUUCUUCACUCGCGUCAGCAAAUACUUGCCCGGGGCUAAGGUGAAAUUGGUUUGUCGGGAGGAGGCGAAUGCCGGGAACGAGACAUUCACCGGGGAGGGGGUGACGGACAAGAACGGAGUUUACAAGAUAGAGGUUGACGGAGACCAUGAGGAGGAGAUUUGCGAAGUGUCAUUGUUGGAGAGUGCGGAUGAGGAAUGCAGUGACAUUCCUACCGAUGGUUAUGGACAUUUUGCCAGAGUUAGCAUUACUGGUAACAAUGGUAUUAUUAAUCCUGUUCGUCAAGCCAAUCCACUUGGGUUUUUGAAGAAGGAUGCUCUUCCACAAUGCAAGGAGGUUCUUCGUGAGCUUGGCUUUGAUGAUGUUGGCAUUCUCGUUUAAUUCUUUUUAACCAUUCAUGUGCAUCUAAUUAACUUCAAUCUCCCAUGUGUUACCACCCUCACUCCUUCUCCUUCGAUGUAUUGUGUUGAGAGAAGCCCUGUUGUUUAAUUAACAAACUAUAUAGAACACUCAAUCACGCAUGGCUUUUCUUUAAUA